GUAGAACUGUUUGAGCAUAUAUAUAACAAUAUAUCAAGAAAAUGAGUGGCAGACACUCUUCUUCUUCUAAGAUUAUCAUUCCUGCCAGCAGUGUGUUUAUUAUACAAGAAAUAGAAUUGAUACACAUUACAGAAAUAUACUGAGACUAGUUUUCAUUUGAAGUGAAAAUAGUGCAAUACUUUUAACUAAUCCCUGUUCUGAACUGCUGAGAGAUCCACACCAAAUUGACUUGAUAUUUAUUCGCAUUUGAGAGUGAUCAUUAAAAACAACAACAACAGUAGCAACAAAUACUUAAGCAAUAAAAUGAAUACACAAACACCAGUAGUGAAUAAAUCAGAAAAUUUUCUUGCUCAAUUCAAAGAUGGCAAGUCAAAUUCAUUAAAACACUUCACUGCAGCACAAUUUGUUGAAGUUUGGAAUCAUUACGAUACAGACGGUAACGGUUACAUUGAAGGCUCAGAGUUGGACAACUUUUUGCGUGAAUUUAUAUACAGUGUAUUUUCAGAGGAGUUGGGCAACGAGGCAAUACCGAAUGAAGACCUAGAAGUUAUGAAAAAGGAGUUUAUGGAGGCAUUCGAUGAAAAUUCGGAUAAUCGAAUUGAACUAACUGAAAUGGCGAAAAUAUUACCAACUGAAGAAAAUUUUUUACUUCUAUUCCACCGGGAUAAUCCUUUAGACUCAAGUGUUGAGUUCAUGAGAGUAUGGAAACGUUUCGACAAAGACAGGAGUGGAUAUAUUGAAGCAGAUGAAUUGAAGUCAUUCCUGCUUCACUUGCUUAAAGAAGCUAAACCGGAUACGAAUAUUGAAGAAGGAAAACUAAUAGAGUAUACAUCAUCCAUACUUCAAUUAUUCGAUCAGAACAAAGAUGGCAAAUUACAACUGAGUGAAAUGGCCAGAUUGUUACCCGUUAAAGAAAAUUAUCUGUGCAGACCAAUUUUCAAGAACGCUUCGAAGAUAACAUCGGCUGAUAUUGAUCGUGCAUUUUCACUUUAUGAUCUGGAUGCCAACGGGACAAUAGAAGAUGAAGAACUAGCCGGAUUCCUGAAAGAUCUGUUGGAAUUAGCUCAGGAGGACUAUGAUGAAGCUGAUUUAGAAUUCUUUAAAAAGGUGAUCCUCAACCAAUGGGAUGUAAAUAAUGACGGUAAAAUUAACCGAGAUGAAUUGAAAAUGAUGCUUAUGCAACAAUCACGACUGUUAGGCGAUAAGUCCUAAUUCACACUGAUUGUUAAUACAAUAAGAAUGCAAGAAGAAAAAGAAAAGAAAUGGAACUGGAGAAAUUAAGGCAUCCAUAUACCCUACCUCCAACAUUUCUGAGAAGUACACUCACUCUCUGUGUUACAUAACAAGCUUUAAUCUCUUCCUAUUUGCGUACUAUUUUUAUUGUUUUGUUUUUCUCAAGGUUGUUUAUCUAUUAUUUCUAGCAUAAUAAUAACAAUUAAUAUCUUAAUACUACAGUUGUGUUUACUUUGAAUACACAAAGUAGUUGAACAUUUAAUUCCAAACACUUGUUUUCUAAACUCAUUGUCAUUAACUUUACUUGAGAGAAAGAAAGACAGCAUGUAUCGCCCACUUUUUUUUUCUCUCUGUGUAUUGUAUAACUUCUCUCUUUUUCAUGUUCCAGUCAUAUUACUUACUCGCUUACUUACUUACUUACUCACUCAUUCACUCACUCACUCUUUCAGUCAGUCACUUGCAUUCCUAACAGUAUUGUAAACUAAGUAUGAUUUAAUAUUCAUGAGCAUUAUUCAUCAUUACUCAAACAGAUAUCGGUAUUCCUUUAAUUUCAUGAAGAGGAGGAUGAGUUUAUCCAGAAAAAUAGAAUGAUAAAUAAACAUUAAUUAUGUCAAUUUACCGCAAAACUGCAUCGACUAUACCACUACUUCUCCUUCCUCUUCUUGUUCUCCUUUUUCUACCUAACCCAUUCAUAAGUUCACAUAAUAACCGUUGACCAUCGAUGCAUAUUUUCACCAUUAUAUUUCUUGCUCUUUAUUUCCUUUUUAAUUAAUUUAAAAUUAUCUGAAGAUUUAACUAAUAUGCAGCCAAAAAAUUGGUUUGCCCUUUUUGCAUUUCUUUUUCUGUCUAUCAAACAUUGGAG